AUGUCCCUGCGUGGAACGAUAGUAGUUAGAGCCCUGCGUAGGCCUAAAAGUAUGAGACUGCGAAUUACAGCCAUAUGCUGGCUCCGUGACACCCUUCGCGGCAAGUGGAAACCUUCAGUUACACCCGCGAACGCUGCCACGGUGUAUCAAAUGAUGCGCGUGGAGUCUCUAUCCCUCUACUGGAACCCGACUGCCACUGCGCUAGACGAUAAGGAGAUAGCUCAUAUAACACCAAUGCAAUAUUAUAACUGGAAACAUUAUAUGCUGACGGGUUUGGACAAGUUCUCGAUGCACCACGAAGAUUUUGAGUUUCUUCUAAAGCCAGUUACAUGCAAAGUUAAAGUUCUAAUCAACCGUUCUGGCGAAGCGAGGGUACCUCGACUGCUGGUUGAUGCCAUGUUACAAGACAGCGCGUUCCAUCUCUCCAGGCGACAGUAUCUCUCUAUCGACAAUCUAUUGGCUUCUUUUAAUCGAAUUCAAUUGAAUAGGAAGUACCGCCACCUCCAUCCUGGCGUACCGCUGACCACUAAUAAAAAAAAAUGGUGGAAGUACGCUUAUAACGUCGUUCUAGAGCAGCGUGUACGCCCAUAUACGUGGGCGGCUAUCAAGAAACACAGGGACAAUCACAGCAUAUAUAAAAAGACUUACAAGAGUCUUUUGCGGAGCCCAAACGAUAUAGAGUUGAAAAUGGAUUUACAAAAAUGCGAGGACAACUUGCCGAUUAUGUCUGUGGUCAUAGCAAGGGAACAAGCUAAGUUUGAGCUCCUGUCACAAGAACCGGAUAGGAUUGAAAUAGUCGAAACGGAGUUCGACUGGUGGAACCCACUGUCGGAUUCCGAACCUGACAACGAUGGCGAAGCAAAAUCGCGAGCCGAGCUCUGCGUGAAAACUGAAAGAAAUAAAACGUUAUGGAGUCACCUUUCAAGUCCUGAAAAGAGAAAAAUCUGUGAGCUUAUUGGGCACGUGGAAGGAGUUCCGAGUAAAGAAAAGUCUAAACAAUGUAUCGAGCACAAAAUAAACCUGACAUUGGCGAAUUGUUCCAUGACGUUAAUGAACAGGAAUAAGGAAGUCUUAGUUGUAACUUUGACUCAGUUUCUUGCAUCAUUAGAAACCAGACCCUCGGCUAAGGCAUACAAGUUAUCAAUCCGCGCCGAUAACGUGGUGGUCGAGGGCGUGUCAUCAGACGGAGAAUUGGUUCAUUUCCUUAAAACGGCUCGAGAGAGUUCCCUUGGGACUGCUCUAGCCCUGGACGUUGAACGAAACCCAAUCAACAGUCAUGCCGAUUUGGCUGUAACUUGUCUCAUGGAACCGCUAGAACUUGUAUAUAUAGAGCAUGGAGUCACGGAAAUAAUCAACUUCUUUCAAACUCAUUCUAUGACAUCCGAAGACUUGUUGGACGAAGUCUCGUUGGUCAUGGAGCGAGCUGGGACCGUCAGUAAAUCUGUGCUUGCAUAUGCCAUCAGUAGAAAGAAGGUGUUCAAUCUUAAUGUCGAUAUAAAGGGACCUUGUCUCAUAAUUCCGGAACAUGGGUGUCUACAAAAGCCGGGUCGAGUGGUAAUAUUUGAUGUCAAUCGUAUCAUAGUAAAGACAGACUUGCAACCUUCUAAUUUAGUUUUGGAAGACGCUACGUGUAUGGAGUUGGAGGAAAAACUUUAUGAUCGCUUCCACGCUGAAUGUUCUUUUCAGGUUUUAUUUUGCGAUUGGAACGAACCCUGGCGUGAGUCUCAAAAACAUGGUGAUUCUGAAUAUCAUCUUAUUCCCCGCGUUAAGAGUUCGUUGGUAUUUUCAACUAGCAUCAGAAAAGACUACAAACUUUUACCUAGAUACAAACUGAAUAUAUCGUUGUCUAGUCUCAAGUUAAAUAUAUCGGAUCGAAUAAUCGGUUUCCUGCUGGACUUCUUUGAUAACCUGCCGAUUCCCGUUCCUAACACCGUUCCCGUUUCCUUUAUGGACUCAGGAGAUUACAUGGAGGACUUUCUUGACCUCGAUUUGGUUGAGACAUUACAACUCGAUCGAGUUCUGGCUGAUCCGGGAUACGGUGAUUUAGUCAAACUGAGGAGGAAGAUUGUGUCUGCGUAUUUUAGUAGAAAUAGGGAAUUUGAAAGUCAAGCAGAUGGGGGGCAAAAUCACUCUCCGAUCGUAGAAAGCUUACCACCGGCUGACAUCAGCGAUGAGGAAGUCGAAGAAUACGCAAGAUCCGUCGAUCUGCCUGGCUUUGACGACAAUGUUUCUCCCAGUAAUAAUAUUGGCACGCUUCUUCGCUUUAUCAUAGGAGAAAUAGUAAUAAAUCUCAAUCGUUCUUACGAUGAAGUGGACAGACCCUACAUCAUGUUGAGCGUCACCAAGGUUUGUCUGGAUGUGGCCCUUAUGGCUUAUGGCCCUGCCGUUCAACUCUCGGUGGAUUCCGCUCUGCUCACUGACAAACAUCACCACAGCAGCACCGGCCAAUACUUGGAGCUUCUGACCAGCAAUGGCGAGCUGUUCAACUUGCUGUAUCGCAAGGUGCGGGCAAAUUGUCCCGAGUUCCGGUCUCACUUCCACAACGUUGAGCAAGCUUUGGUAGCUGAUACGGGCGACAUAUCAAUCCUUGCCCACGCGCCGGCCCUCGCCACUAUCAUUAAAUAUCUUGAAUAUAUUCAAAGGAAGAUUGAAAAAAGACACUCGCUGAACGUCAGCAGCGUUGUGCUCCCGAAGACAAAGAAAUUCUGGGAUCUUCUGACGCAGCCUGAAAUCGAUCCGCCCGUUCCUCCGGGGGCUACCAAAUUCAGUUAUUCUGUGCGAAUGUCGUGCAUCCAUAUUCGAGCGAGUCAGACGGAGGGGGCCGUGGAGUGGCGCAUCCAAGGACUCGAAAGCGACUGCGUCUUUCGCGCAAAUGAUCGUCUCGUCUUUCGUUUAUUCUUGGGCUCUCUACAAGUUGACGAUCUGUCCGACGCAACACUGUACCCCAAGCUGGUGUGGCCCGAUGAAGACAAGGUUCUCGAGAUGAAAUACGUUCGCUCGUCGAGUUAUGUCGAAUCGAGGCCUCGCGCUGAACUACGCGUGUAUAUUGGAAGAUUGCACGUCGUUCUGUUCUUUUCACUCGUCUACAAUUUGCAGCAAUUUAUGGAAUUAUUAAUUCCAACCACGGCGGCCACAGAGGCAGCCGUCGCCGCCGAAAAAGCCGCCCACGAGCAAGCCGCUGAACUUCGCACCUCUGUUGUUCGAGUUAGCCUAGCUAUCGAGAUUCAUGCACCGGUUUUAUUACUGCCCCAGAAACCGUCUUCACCGAAUCUGCUAGUUUUAAACUUAGGUGACUUGAUGAUUGAAAAUUUCUUCAAACCAGUAAAGACAAGCCUAGACGCAACCAGUCCUAUACAGAGCCCGAUCAUAGAUAAUGUUCUCUUCAAGUUAGACAACAUAACCUUGACGAGGGCUGUUAUGACCUUAGCUGGUACUUUAGAAGUUCAGGAACCUAUACUAGAAUCCAUAUCGGUUCGAUGCGAUUUGAAACGUACAAUUGGUUAUGCGCAAGUGUCCAACGUCCCCGCUUACAGAGACCUGCUUCUUUGCGAAGCGGACAUUAUUAUGGACACCGUUAAUAUAAAUGUAGGACAAAAGGAUUUGGCUACCCUUUUUGCCGUGUGGAGCGACAAUUUGAGCGAAGGGAAUUAUAUUGGUAUGAUCGUACCCACCUCUCCAAUCGGACUAGCGCCGACGGAUGUGCAAGUCAAAAAGCUGCAAGCGUUCUUCGCUCAAGGAGAACCUGUCCGAAAGGAAUCAGUUAUGAGGUUCACGUUAGAGGGUCUAGAAUUGAAACUUUUCUCAGAUCUAGACGAAGUUCUCAGUUCUCCAGUUCGCGACCUCAAUCACGGCUUGGCGAAACUGACCGCCGGCGAAACGACUGUCGCGUUUGAAUACUUCUCUGAUAAUAGUAUCGAGAUGAAAGCCAGCCUGCAGAGCAUGCUUAUCGAAGAUAUUAGGGCCGACACCAGCAUAACUAUUAGGCGAAUAUUUCAGUCGCAAGGGGGAGGAUCUCGCUCGACGGGAGGCAUAGCGGUGAUGCGGCCGGCGUUACUCGAAGUGGCGGUGCGACGCUCGUCUCGCGCCAUUAACGUCGACGUUAGAGUGGAGAGGACGCGACUUAACUUGGCGCCGCCCUUCCUGAUUAAUUUAGUGAGAACUCUUUUAAGCGCUAUGCCAGGUGACAAAAAUAUCGACGGUGGUGUUGUGAACCAUGGGUAUAUAGGCGAUCCACCGAACAGAGGUAACAACAACAGAGGGGGCCGGUUCCCGAGCUCCAGUGAUUCCACGAGCGGUUAUUAUUCUACGGCGACAUCGGUUUCCGAAGACAGACCGAGCCUUGCGAUUUCCAUCCAGUGCCGGCAACCUGAAAUUAUGUUCUUCACAGAUAUGAAUAGAAGCGAAGGUCACGCUCUGUUGCUCAGAACAGAACUUAUCGUUGAUUAUUCGUUCCACUCGAACACGGAAACGCUAGUGAUCUCCUUAGCAGGCCUUCAGAUCAUGUCUAAAUUGCAAUCGAAGUUAAAGAAUCUUCCGCCUCAGCUUGUGCUGAAACCCUGCGACUUGGAAUUCGCAAAGAGCUUCAAAAGUAUAGAGGAAGGAGUUAGAGUGCAUUUAUCGGUGUCUGAGAUCAAUAUGCACAUUGCAGCGACAACGGUGCACACUAUUUUAGAUAUAUUCGAAGAAGUGACAACCGAGUUGACUAUACCCGAAGAGAAAGAACCCUUCAAUUUCUCAACAUACAAUCCUCAGUCGGAGAAACACGAGGAAGACCUUUGGGCUCCUAGAAAGGUCGCGCCAUAUUUUACGUUCCACUCCGAAGAUACUUAUCAGCAGCCCAAGUACCCUGCGUGUAAAGCGACGGAAACGUUGGUCGUGAGCGUACCCAUAGUGCGCAUCAUAUUUGAGAUCGAACAAACUUUGAGGAUACCAGUAUUACUAAUUAAGAUGUCAGCGGAUAUGACAAUAGCAGAUUGGUCCGGCGAACCCCGUGGUCACGGGUCAUUGCGGAUCCAAGCCAGUGUCUACAACGACCACAUCUCGCUAUGGGAACCCUUGUUAGAGCCGGUGGUAGAGGACAACAAACAAAGCCCGUGGGAAAUUAAUGCAACGGUGUUUCAGGCAAAGUCCUUUCCCAUGUCAGCACGUCUCACCGCAAACGAAGAUCAAGAAACGGUAUCAGACUGCGCUGCUGAAACCCAGAAGAAGAAAAAGAAGCGAAAUGAGUUCGAAUCCGAAACUUCGGCUGACGAGGCCGACACAGACAACGAAAUGACCUUUAUACGAAGCCCUUACGACAAAGACAAUAAGGGCUAUAAUGUUGACUUAGAAGCUAGUAGUAUGUCUUUCUUGCGAGCGUUAGAUUUUGCUGACUGCAACUCAGACAGCGAAGGAGAGAAGUUAAAUAAAAUGUCACAUGCUAUGGGUCAUUUCUUUAUGGAUAGCGAAUCGAGUGCAGAAGAAAUCAGCCACGACGAUGACUCUUCGGCACCAGAACAAAGCGACAAAGAAGAAGAGCAGCCUGAAACAUUUGUCGACGGAGAUAAGAAUAUGGACGAACAGAAAUCUAUUGCGGAACCAGAGAGAGAAGACAGCGUCGAGUCAUCUUCUGAAGGAAAUCAUCUCUGUACAUACAUAGUGCUUGAGGCGAGAUCCCUUCUCUCAAUAACGAUAGGCUCGUCGGCUGCGCGUGCUCUUCGCACCUUGACUGAAGCUUUUUUGGAUCGGACAUCCGUAGUCUCAGCCAUAGUAGCGCCCGGGUUGAUGCUUGUCAACGAUAUAGGUCCUGAAUCCAAAGUACAGUUACGCUGCAAGAACGAAACAGACAUGGCUGGCAGUGACCGGAUCCUAGGCGAGGCCGAUUACGACCUCGACACUAGUCGCCCUAGCACACCGGGUUGUGAUACCUCGGGAGCAGACUUGCUUGAGGACUUAGAUGCUGAAACGAAGCAAGAAAUAUCUGAUAUCAGCGAUGAAUGGGACUGCUUCGAGGGUGGUUUCGGCUGCGAUGUGGCAGAUGGCGCUGAACAUUCCUCCCCAGGGGCGCCACCAUCAGCGGAAGCUUUGCAUCGUCGUCUUACAGACAAUACGCUGCAUAUCCAACUGGAAGAUUUUGACCCAAUUACGAUUCUGUGUCCUCAACGUGCAGUGUCAAAAUUACACGUCCUACACCCGAGCAGAAACGGUACCCGAUAUUAUAUAGCAGUAGAAAGAACGACAAAAUACAAUAAUAAGAAGAUAGUCGUUCGCUCACCCCUACAGGUACGCAACGAAACAUCGUAUGCUCUAGAGCUUCUCUACCGCCAAUCGGAGCUCGAAGCAGCCGGCGUGAAGUGUGUUGGUUCAGUUAGAAAUCCUUUUUGUGGUCUCUUGCGCCUCGCCGUGAUAGCACCGGAUGACACCUUCAAUGUUCCUCUAUUUGUGGCCUAUCAUUGCCGACUCUAUGUUCUGCCGACUAACUUUGAGAGCUUUAAGGCAAAUUCUCAAGGUAUCUGGUGGAUGGACCUGAUUAAUGACAUCGGAACCCCGAGAGACAUUGUCUGCCCCGCUCUUGAUGAUACCGAUCCUACCGUAUUCUCAAUGAGGAUAUUGCCCAUUGAGGGAUGUCAGUCAAGUAAAGUCAACAGGUCAAUACCGAAUCUUCUAAUACGUAUAGUAGCACCGCUAGCCGUACACAAUCGAGUUCCUCACGCCUUACAAGCUCAGGCCAAUUUAACACCGGACUAUAAACCAACUGCUGUUGAAGACAUUGGAAAAAAUGAGUUGAGAGUGAGAUUGGAAGCUGGGGAAAAAUCACACUUAUACACGCUGCCGCCGGGCAAGUCGAUAAGGUUUACUCUAGAUGUGCAUUACUUGGGAUUGCCGUGGACUGGGGGUUUCACUUAUUCACCAGACAUGAAUGAGAAGACGAUAAGUAUGACGACAGAAUGCGAGACGGAGGGUGGGAACAAGCGGCUGGUGAUACGAGCUCGGUUGGAACAAUCGGCGACUCUAAGAUUACUUCUAUAUGCUCCCUAUUGGGUCAUCAAUAAGACGGGUUUACCCCUGCAAAUAAAGGGACGAUCAGAUGUAUGUUACGAAGUAACAGAAGAGCCGUUACUAUGGUGCGAAGGAGGUUCGCGGAUGUGUCGCCGAGGGGAUCGUGUUAAAGUUCGCGCUCACCAGUCUGGUUGGUCUCGCGCCACGCGCUUGUACGCCGAAGCUCCAGGGUUGUUGGUGUGUGCGCAUACAGAGCGGAAGAUCAACUAUAGGAUUUUACUUCAAGUAACAUUAUCUGAACUGUCGCCACAGUUGACGAAAAUCGUGACUCUCCUACCUUAUUUCAUUGUAUACAACGACACGAAAAAACAUCUGCGUUUCAUGGAAGAGAACGAAGCGGCUGAUCUGUGGAUUGACCUUGCGCCCCAGCAAUGUACUCCGUUUUGGCCACAAACAGACUCCAUGGCUAUGCAUUGCAAGUUCAGAGAUUCAAUGGUCGUUUCGCAGCACUUUCCUAUCGCUGACAACCAUUUCACGGUGCUACGAAUGGAUAAAGGAACUGCAAUAAGUGUCAAUGUUACUGGUGGAACUGAUCGACCCUUUACAAUUACUUUUAAACCAUACCGCGCGGGCGAUGCUCCGGUUCGCAUCGAUAAUUUGUGUGAAGACAUAUUCCUCAAACUGCACCAGGUUGAUUCAGGUCAGGUGGCUCUUCUAAGUCCUUUCCAAUCGAUGUUAUACACUUGGGACGAUCCCAAAAAGGAAAGGCGUCUCAUUUGGAACAUUUAUAAUAACAAGGGUAAAGGAUUCACAGCGGACUUUUCACAAGACGGGUACGGCGAGGAGAAAGUGAGUUUCCGUUCGGUUAAACAGUCUACUCUCGUGGUGACGAAUAGUGUGACAUCCAAACUGUCAUCCACUCUCAAACGAUUGACACCUAAAUCUCCGGAACCUUGCACUUCCAGCAGCGAUGAAUCCGACAUGUGCGAUCCACCUGAGCAUAUUCCGAAGACCAAAAAAGUGAGAAAAGACAAAGUCGUCAUAUAUUGGAUAUCCUACAUAGAUGGGUACCAAAGAGUCUUUGCACUGGCUCAAGACGAGCGAAUCGCGAAUCAGUAUCGAAUGAGUAUGUACGCUGAAAGAAGUAACUACGAAGUCUUUUUAUCUUUAUCCAGCGUAAGCUUAUCGGUCUGCGUUCAAACUGGGGAUAGAAUAAAAGAAUUGUCGUAUAUCAGUAUCACGGACUCUUUACCAAGGUGGGAAGUUAAUGUUAGCAACAAAUGGAAGCAAUUAGCCCCCGACUUAACGACCUGGAUUGAGGAAAAGUAUCAGAACGACCAAAAGAAAUGUCAGUUGAAAGAGUACCUUCAUAUUGACUUGGAGAAGAUGCAAAUGACCAAACCGUUCUUCUCGGAAUUACGUAGAACGUACAAACCAGGUGUCUGGUUGCAGCUUCGCAGAUCAGAAACUUAUACAUACUGUCAUAUGAAAUUACAAAAGUUACAAAUAGACAAUCAGUUGCACGAAGCUGUAUUUCCUAGUGUUCUGUACCCGGCCGCAUUAUCGCCUCAUCAGAAAUCGAAGCAAGAUAAAGCUUGUAUCGAAAUGGAGAUUCUAAAACAGUAUAGGCCAUCGCUAAACCAGGAUAUAUACAAAUGCGUUAAGGUCGUUAUACAAGAAUACUGCGUCAAUUUAGAUAGGGGCUUCGUAAAUCACGUUUUCGAUAUUUUAAACCAUUGGAAGAUAGAUGAAAAGCCCGCCGUUAGAUUGCGGGCGGACUUGGCGUUGGUACACAUGCCUCUACCAAUACUCGCCCAGAAGAGCCAGAUUAACGUUCAGAGAAAUGUUAUUUUUGAGUUUAUCCACCUAUCCCCCAUCAAAUUAGUGUUGAGCCUAUCAUCGAGAGGGUAUUCCAGUGACGGCGGAAGCCCCAAUAGAAGAUUUGGGAGUCAAAAAGAGAACAGACCGAAACUAUUUAACAGUGAUUUAUUGGAGUACUUGUUUAAUUCUUGGGGAUCUUCUCUGUGCGAUAUGAAAGACGUGGUGAUCAGGAUGAGCUACUUCGAAAUGCGCAACGCGCCGAUCAAUCUGCCCUCUGCUCUCUGGGACGCUGCGUCACGACAUUACUGGUUUCAACUAGUUCAGCAGUUCUACGUGCUCGUGUUGGGCCUCAACAUUCUUGGCAAUCCUUAUAGCUACAUCGGCGACUUUACAAAAUCUCUAAAAAACUUUUACGAACCCUAUUCAGGCUCUUGCAACCGUCGAACGUCAGCAACGCCGCAUAUGAUCCUUAGUGGGGCAAAACGUCUGCUGCCUACAGACACACAACACAACACUCCACAUAAGUCUGCUAAAACAGCGCUGAGUAGUACACAGAUCAUAGACGAUGUACCCGCUGCGGUAUUGGAAGCUAAUAAGACAAAUCCCGCCAGCGUUACUCUGGCCGUGACCGGUGUUAUGGCGAGACCUACCCUCGAUAUCUGUCGCGAGGUGUCCCGCGUUACGCAAUACCGUUUGGGUGUGGAGAACGCCGAGUCAGCGCUUAGAUCUUGCGCUGAAAGAUCCGGCGGCAGGCUGGUGGCCAGAAUGAGACUGCCCAGGGACUGUUCUAUCGUCGAAGGUAUUCGGCCGUACAGCCCGUUAGCAGCGCGCGGUGCAGCUUUAUUAAAGCAAAUAUCUCACGGCCACUAUGCUGAGACCGAUGGAUAUGUUGCUCAUGCGCAUCUUUCACCCACAUCGUUGGCAUCUAUACUAAUUACAACGCAGCACAUAUUCCUGGUCCGACUCAGCAGCGGUCGAAGCUCAUGGACGGUUGAGUGGGUGAUAAAGCUUGAUGACUUAAUUGGAACUCCCAUCAUCAGGGAUAACAAGCUUGUUCUUAAUAUUAAACAGGACGAACUAGUCAAUUAUUUCGCCACCGACGAGAAAGCAAUCGAAAUCCAAGACCCGCAAGUGUUGGUUUGGCUCCAAGGCAAGAUCGAGUGUGCUCUAAUACAGGCACUAGAAGACAAACGCUGCAGUAACUCACAAUGA